UUGAGUUGCUCUACGCACGUGGUUAGAGUAAGAUCCAAUAGCAACUCAUCUUGCGUACGUUGUCAAAAUCCAUAUUGCCAUGGCAACCAAAUGAUCGGCCUACGUGUUCCAGGUUAUUCGUGUCGUGUUUAGCAUCAUUUACUUUAUAAACAAUGGCAGAACUUGGUUUGAAUGAUCAUCAUCAGAAUGAAGUUAUUAAUUAUAUACGUUUUGCAAGAUCUAAGAGAGUACUGCGACUUAAAACAAUUGAUUCUUGCUUCCAGGACCUCAAGGAUAGCAGGCUAGUGGAAGAGACAUUUACAGUUGAUGAAGUUUCAGAUAUGCUUCAGGGGCUGCAAGCAGUGGUGCAUAGUGAAAUUGAAUUAGAACUCAUUAACCAUGCCCACACAAAUGUGUUGCUCCUUCGCCAGCUAUUCACCCAAGCCGAGAAGUGGUAUUUGAAGCUACAAACUGAUAUUUCUGAACUGGAAAAUAGAGAAUUGUUGGAACAAGUUGCUGAAUUUGAAAAAGCUGAAUUUUCUUCAUCAAACAAAAAGGCAACUGCUGAGCUAAUUAAACCGAAACUUGCUCCAAUCUGUGAAGGUGGGUCUUCUGAACUGCUCAACAAGGAAAUUGUGCGACUUCAUGAAGAAAAUGAAAAACUCAAGGCACGCUUAAAAACAAUUGAGACUCAGGCAACUAGUGCAUUAGAUGAAAAGACCAAAGUUGAGCGUGCAAUGAAAGACUUGCAGAAAAUUCAGGAUGUACAGAAGGAGAAACAAAGUAUGCAAGAUGUCAGUCAUUUGGAACAAACAUUGGCUAGUCUCAAAUCUGAAUUUGAAAAGUCAUUGGGUGACCAUGCAACUAACCAAAAAUGCUUGGAGGAUAAUUUAAUUUCGACAAAACAUGAUUUGCUCAAAGUCCAAGAGCAGCUUUCACUGACUGAAAAGGAAUUAGAAAUGAAAUUUCAACAAACCGGUGCUUAUCGCAAUAUGAAAGAUAUUCUUACUAAGAAGAAUGAGCAGAUCAGGGAUUUACGUAAAAAGCUUUUACGGUAUGAACCAGAAGACUGACAUCUGGAACAUUAUUGCUGUUAAAGAGAGAUCAUAAUUUUUUUGUAUGUUUAAAUAAAAUAGUUAGAACAUUAAAUUCAACACAACAAAUAUCGUUUUACGUAUUUCACGGUGUCAAAAUGACUAAGUUUGUUACUCUUGUAGUUAAUUAAUAUUGCAUCCAGCAUUUACAUGGAAACA